AUGUACAAAGCUGGCAAAGAGACUGUGACCGCCAUCGGAAUGACGAGGGUGAGCAGAGACAAGGGAAGAAAGAGUGAUGCUGAUGCAUUGAACAGGAACAUGCGGAAGAUUUCCAAGCUGCAGGUAUGUUUCCACGACGAGCUACCUGCAUCGACCCUCACCGAGGCCGUUGAGUCACAUCGGAGGGCCUCCCUCCCCAUUUGGCGAGGACUGGAACUGCGUGCGCUCAUCGCCACCACCGGAUGGAUCGCAUCAGAGGCCCUUCUGCCUCGUUUUCCCCCGUGA